GGUUGGAGCAGAGUGUUAACUUGCUAGCUUACUUCAGACGAUAGUAGCAUUGAUUAAUAAUUACUACAUAGUUUGAGAUGCAAGUUAUUGUUUCUCCCACCUUUAAUUAAUUUCACUGCAAUUUACUGCAUUUUGCACACUGGUUAGUGUCAGACUUAGACAAAAGAGAGGACUCAGGUGCAGAAUGACAGAUGUAAUGUCAGAUUUUAUUUCUCUGUUUUGCGGCUCUCCAGACAGAAUGAUAAAUCAAAAACUAUGAAAUUCUAGAGGACUCACGAGACAAACAAACAUGAAACACACAAUAACGAAAAGCGCUCCCGAAGGAGGAAAACCUACUCUGAACUAUGAAUCUUAAAUAUACAAGUUAACAAACAAAAUAACACUCCGAAGAGGAAAGCACACAGGCUAUGAAACUUAACUACUCUCUCUAUUUUCAAAAGGAUACAACAGAAAACGCUCCAAGAGGAGGAAAACAAAAGACUAUAAACAAAGCUAAACUGAAACACAAAAAUCCUAACCAGAAUAUUAACAAACAAAAAAUCACUCUACUAGAGAGGACAAAAUCAGACAAUAAAACCUGACAAUACUUAACGUGAUUGGCAAAGGCAAGGCUGUGGAACAAGGGCUUCAUUGUAACGACAAAAUGACGAAAUACUUGGGCGACGCAGACAGGGGAAGACAAAGACUUUAUACACAUGGGGGGAAGGGAACACAGGUGAAAACAAUCAGGGAUUAGGGAUGACGUCAGACCAGGGAUACAGGAGGAAGGGCAAGUGACCUGAAACGAGAGGGAGAGAUAUUUUCAAAAUAAGACAUGAAAUUUCACAAGACAGACCCCAAGACAGGACAAACCUCACCGCGAUGUGACAGUUAGACUGAAUUGCAUUGUGAUUGCAAUAAAGUUGAAUGAAUCUCGUCGUAUUUUCAUUAUUAAUCUAUAUUAGUCUUAUGUAUAGCACACACCAAGGAUCUGGUUUUUGUUCAAAUCUAACAUCCAGUGAUCACAUAUUUUUCUCUCUUCAGGUGCACUUCUAAAUUAAAGCUGCAAGCAGCGAUGAGCAAGCCCUCGCAGUCUAUGUGCAUCAGGGCAUGCUGUCAUCAGGGUGUGACAUGUAGAUGUAUCCAGGAUACUACUUGCAAAGUUUGGUGCAAAUCGGUGAAAUGGCCUAAGAGGAGUUGGAAAAACACCACCUGGCGGACCACCUGGAAAUGGACGACAACAAUAGAUUAUGAAAUUUUUUGGCAGGUGUGACGAUUAUUCCAAGUUUGUCUCUGUCUCUGCCCCACAGUUUGAAGUGCCACACAAUUACACAGAGCACAAACAACUAAGAUGAACAAAGGAACAGCAAGCAUUAUUGUGGCUCUGCAGUUCUUAAUUCAGAUUGCAAACACCACCAAAAUGGUAUGUUAUUUUACCAACUGGUCACGGUACAGAACUGGUGUGGGGAAAUUCCUGCCAGAAAACAUUAACCCCUUCCUUUGUACACACCUGGUUUAUGCCUAUGCCAUCAUCAACCAUGCCAACGAGAUCACUGAGCUUGAGUGGAAUGAAAAAAGCUUCUACAAAUCAUUCACUGAGCUCAAAAACAGAAACCCCAGGCUGAAGACUUUACUGUCGGUCAGAGAGGUGAACGGAUUUCAGUUCGCCAUCAUGGUGUCUACUCCAGCUAACCGUCAGACAUUCAUCCAGUCUUCGAUCAAAUUCCUGAGGACUCACGGAUUUGAUGGUCUGGAUCUAGAUUGGGAGUACCCUGGUGCUAGUGAAGGUCCUGCAGAGGACAAGCAGAGGUUCACUCUACUAUGCAAGGAACUUUCAGAGGCCUAUGGAGCUGGGGGUACAGGAGGAAGUAACACUCAACUUAUGCUCUCUGCAGCUGUGGCAGCACAAACAGAUGUUAUUGAUAUAGGAUAUGAUCUCUCUGAGAUUUCAAAGUACCUGGACUUCAUCAGUGUUAAGUCUUUUGACCUUGAUGGUGAUCAAGAUGAAGUGACGGCCCACCACAGUUCCCUCUAUGCUGACAGCAAAACAAACAUAGAUUAUGUAAUACAGUACUGCAUGGAGCGAGGAGCCCCAGCAGGGAAAUUGUUGCUGGGUUGUCCCAUUCAUGCUCGUGCCUUCACACUUUCCACCGCAGCAACAGGCCUGGGAGCCCCAGCCAGUGGCCCUGCCAACCCUGGGCCCUAUACACAACAGAUUGGUGUCUGGUCUUACUAUGAGACCUGCUCCUUCGUGAAAGGCACCUCAGUUCAGUGGAUCAAUGAUCAGAAAGUUCCCUAUGCUGUCAAAGGCAAUCAGUGGGUCGGCUUUGAUGACCGGAGGAGCCUCGGUGCUAAGGUAGACUAUCUGAAGAGCAGGCAGCUGGGAGGAGCUGCUGUGUGGACACUAGAUAUGGAUGACUACUCUGGACAGUUCUGUGAACAGGGCCAAUAUCCAUUAAUAUCACAUCUAAAACAUAAACUCAGUGAAGACUGGCCAACACAGGAUACAACUCCUACUGUAGCACUCCUCACAACCUCUUCCUCUCCCGCCGAAAGCCCACAACCUACAUGGGAGCAUCUCACCACAGCAAGCAGCACCACAGCAAAACCAGCUGACAGCUGCUUCCAGAACAUCACUGUUGCGUAUCCCGUCAGGAGCUUCUGCACACAUAGAGUUGAUGGACUUUAUGUAAGAUCAGACAAUCCAAAGACAUUCUACAGAUGUGUGCAGAGGGAAACAUAUGUAACAAAGUGCCACACCCUGGGAACAGAACACAGCUAUGCAGUGACAGUUGCACCAUCAGAUGAUGUAGUUAUAAUCAGCUUUGUAAUGACUGCUCUGAUCCAUGUGUUAAGUGUGUGGAGUUUCAGGUGAAUGUGCUUUUCUGUGCUCCAACUUUGUUUCUUGACCAAGUUCAGGGUUCAGGUUACGUUAUGUUCUAGGGUCUGAGCUCCCUUGAAACCAGUUAAAUCACAAUCCUGUGGGGGUCUCUUAUGCAUUACCAAAAACCAUUGUUUUAAUCUAAAACGAUACAUUCAAAAUGAGUAAAUUCUCAAUGUUAUGAGUAUAUUGUUGUAAUUGUAAACUUGUAAACAAUUUUUAGUAUUUGGAGAAUUUAUUUAGCUUUCUAAGCUUAUAUGAACACUUAUACUGUCUAAAUUAUAAGGACACUGACCCUGUCCUCGUUAUACAAAAUGUCCUUAUAGUGUAGCGUGUACUCAGUCGAAAUAUCUCCAUAAACCAUGGUGUCCCACUCA